AUGACUCGUUUAAAACUUUUGGGCCAUGUCGUUUCAAAUCAAGGUCAAGUUCCCGAUCCUGAUAAAUGUGCAGCGAUUAUAAAUUUAUCAUUUCCUAGAAAGCUAAAAGAUUUACAAAAAUUUAUUGUGGUUGUUGAUGGAUUUUCCAAAUAUGUCGUAGCAAAAGCUACACGAAGAUCAACUGCGGAUGUUACUACCGCUGUCUUAAGAGAAAUUUUCUUACAAUAUGGUUUUCCUAAGUUAUUAACAUCAGACAACUGCAACGGAUCGGCUUUUAGAGCACAGAAGCUUGCAGAUUUUUUAAUGGCUCAUGGAGUAAAAGCAAUUUUUACAUCAAAUUAUAAUCCCAAAAGCAAUAUGAGUGAACGUAAUAACCAAAAUAUUAAGACGAAUUUAACAGCUAUAAUGAAGGAGUAUGGCUUACAACAUAAGAUGUGGAGUAAUAUGCUUCCAUACGUCGUAUAUAAUUAUAAUCGUACAUUCCACAACACGAUUCAAUGUACGCCGGCGGUUGUGUUUUUUGGCAGAGAAUUGUAUGUCUUCAUCAAACCUGAUUUACAAUUUUAA